AUGCAGUCUAUGGUUAUCCUAGCAGCCACCCUUUGCCUGGCACAGGCUUCUUUCUAUGCCGGCCCACCAGCGCACGUCCAACUUAGCGGUGACGGCAAAUUCUUGCUGGAUACUCCCGAGGUAGCUCACGCUAAGGCCGCACAUGCCGCGGCGCACGCGCAGGCAUCAAGUGCGCACGGUGCGUGGGCGCCCGCCGCCGGUUAUAACGCAGGCCCCGCUUAUGCUGCUGGUGCUCAUUACGGUGCUCCUGGCGCUGGUUUAUACAAAUACGGCCCCGCUCCCCUCGCGCACGACGGUCGCGUGGUGGACACUCCUGAGGUAGCUCACCUGAAAGCUGCUCACAUCGCCGCCCACCAAGUAGCUCACGCUAACGCAGCGCACGGAGCACAUGGUGCUCUCGCGCACGGUGCCGCGUUCGCGCCGGUCGCGUACGGUGCAGGUCUUGCACAUGAUGGUGGUUACGCCGCUGGUUACGGCAAGUGGAAUGGUCCUCAGGCCCACAUUCAACUGACCCACGACGGGCAAUACGUAGUCGACACCCCUGAAGUACAGCACGCCCGCGCUGCUCACCUCCAACAGUAUUCCGCCGCCGCACACGCUGCCGCUUCCUCGCCCGAAGAACCCUGGGGCCAUGGACACUCCGGCUGGCACUGA